AUGAACAAGAACUCCGUGAGCUUACAACUAACGGAGCCCGUCAUUUUCCUGCGCACCGGCUCCGAUUCGUCUUCACAGUCCCGUCGCAGAAGAGCCGGUAGAGCAGAAUACCCGCCUGCCCUUUUACGAGGACUUCUCACGCUCAAGAUUGUGAAACCAACACGUAUCAAGAGUAUAGACGUCAUUUUAGAGGGUUCUGCACGCACAGACUGGCCAGACGCCGGCAAUGGCAUCGCUGCUCGUCGAAUGGAAAUCGCCGAAGAAAAGGUCUUUCUCCACUCGAAGAUUGUCCUCUUUCAUGCCGAACAGCAGAAACGUUCGAGGACAGUCGGACCCGGCUCGCUACUCGAUGAACGCCGACCAUAUCCAGCCCAAUCCACGUCGCCGACAACGGAAGUAGGCGCUGAAGUCGAACAAGCAAGAGGCAGGACAAGUCGUCGAGAAAUCAGUGACUCUCAAGGACCGCAUCGUCCCCCACUCACGACGUUCAACAGCUGGGAUGAACACUUGCCCGUCAUCGGAGAACGGACGGGGGAACAAGGCCUAGACCCGGAUAGCCAACGACCUGGAAUGUCAUCUGACUCAGUUCUGGUAGGCUCAUCUAUGCCAGAGCCAAGAGUAGCACCUACGAAGCGUCCAACAACUGUAGAUUCUACAUUGGACCGCGCUCGGCGGAGAAGAUCAGCUCGGCUCAGUCUCUCUGGCAUGUUACAGGACGUUCGCGAAAUCGUACAAAAACACCCGAAUCGGCACAAUGUAGAAAGUGAGAGCAUUCUCAUUUCGUCACCAGUAGAACGGCAAGAAACGUGUGAUGAGGUCCCAGAUCGUCGCGGCCGAAGUCGAGCUCGAAAAGAUAAAGGCGCGUUAGCACGCCUUGGGGAGGCAUUGGGCAUCGAUAUGGACGAUGACGGGGAUACGGAUGAUGAUGAUACAAGCUGGAAGGAAUUCAAACCCGGAACGUAUCAUUAUCCCAUUUCGUUUUCGCUGCCUUCCGACCUACCCCCAAGCAUCGCAGCGGACUAUGCAUAUGUACAGUAUAAGCUCAAGGCCUAUGUACACAGACCAGGAACCUUUACCUCCAAAUUAUCAACGUUCACCAUGGUCGAAUUGAUUUCGGCGCCCGCAGAGGACAAUGCCGAAGGAGAUGCAGUUAUCAUUGAGAGGCAAUGGGAUAUGGAGUUGCGAUAUCUCAUUUCCACCAGCGGUCGUAAUUUCCCUCAAGGAAGCGAGAUACCGUGGCAUAUUCAAUUGAUGCCCCUAUCUAAGAUGAAGCUCCACCGUAUAACUUUCGUUUUGGAAGAGAAAACCGAAUACACUGUGAAUAGCCUGACCCGAACGGAACCAGUCAGACGGUUCCAGUUGCUUUGCAUCCGACAUCCGCAGUCUUUAUCCAAUCUGAAAACGGUGGCUCGGAACGCCCCUCCGCUGUUGCCGAUCUUACCACAAUCUUCUAUGGAUAACUCAUCAGAGGCUGUCUUACUUCCAUAUGCCGACCCACCCCCUACACUUCUCAGCGAAUCAAGUGCGAGUGAGCAUCAAGCAGAGGCACUUGCUCACCUCUUGAAUGUGGACGGACCUUGGCACCUCACAGGUAUGCUGAAGGUGCCACUGCUAUAUCUUCAUGUUUCACACAAGCAUCCUACCUCGUUCGUAACCCUCAAGCAUUCGCUCAAGAUUUUCCUGCGCGUUGAAAGGGGUGAAGACGACGUCGAUCCAAAAACGGGUCGCAAGAAGCAAUUCGAUAUCAUCAUCGAAACCCCUAUCAAUGUACUCUCGAAAUACACGCGUUCAGAUUGGGCAUCAUUGCCUCCCUACGAAGCACUUGAGCCGCUUCCUCCAUCGGAGCAUGACUUGCCCCAAGAGGUUCCGACCGUUAGUCGUGAAUCCAGUCGGAGCGACUUAGCAGCUAUGCCUCUCUCGCCCGUGGUAUCCCCCGCGCAUCCUUCCCGACCGCCCUCUCCCGUAUUUCACCCACAUCCGCUCACUCCUCUCAGUCUCUCCCCAAAUACGACGCGUACGGCGGAAAGUCCACGUCCCUCUUCUGCAGGCCCAAGCACACCCAACGAUGCGAUUGAAGAUGCGCAAAGGGACUCGCGCGUGUUUGCUGCCCACCGUUUUGCAAGUCUAAUGGCUGGGUUUGAAGAUGAGGGAGGUCAAUUCCCUCCGACCUAUUUCGCGGCCACGGGUACACCGGGUACGACCGCGCAAUCAGCCCCUCUUAGCCCAUGUACAACUAUGCACUCCUCUUCGCAGCUUCCUCAGCUUGUUGGUAGUGGGCGAGGCUCCCCACGUGGGCAGAGCGCCAGAAGACAAGCGACAAGAGGGACGACUCCAUCAAACUCGCGUAAUGCUUCGAGGAAUCCGUCAAGAGUGCGUGAUAAUGGAAGCAGAAACUCGAGUCGAGGACCCGACCGUGGUCCGCCUGCACUCUUCCAAAUUGUAUAG